GUUGGCGGGCAUUGGCGAUCUAGGCCUAGGCCCAAGAGGGACGGAUUGGCCGGCUGGGACGGGCGAGCUCUGGUGCUUCCCCAUCUGUGUCUCCUGGGCAUCCAGUGUACAUUGCUUGCAGCCAUGCAUUCCCUUGUGUUCCUGUGUGCCCGUCAGGUGAUCCAGGACCAGGUCUUUGCAUGCCAGGCCCUGGCAUUCCUGCCGCAGGAGCUAUAUGCAGUCCUAUUCAAGGCAGCCUUCUUAGACAGAAAAACAUUGGUGCUGCAGAAGCUGGUACAGAUGUGGCCUUUCCCUCUCCUUAGCUUCCAGCAGCUACUGCGUGAGAAUUCAGAUUGCCGCCGGAUUCCACUACAGGAAAGGCCAACAAAGGAGAGUGUACAGGCUGUGAUCUUGGGGCUCUCUGCACGACUAAGGGAGCCACCCCCUCGCAGGAAGCUGCAGUUGCAGUUGUUGGACAUGACAGGAAUUCUGGAUUCUGGCUAUGAGGAAGACCUCACAACCAUGACUAUGUGGUCCCGCACUGUGUCUGUGAUCCAGACCUGCAUCAUGGGUCAGUUGAACAAAUCUUUAAGACAGAGACGUCGGCGGGCCAAGCGCAGAAAGGCAGUACCACCCAUCUAUACUCCUACUCCUAUAGAGGUUCGAGUAGAUCUCCGGGUAACCCACAGCUCCUAUGGGUUUCUAAAGGAUACAUUACAGACAAGUGCUUUUAGCCCUCUGCGCCUUUGUUGCCGAGAUUUCCGGGCUGAAGAACUCCCCCUGAAUAGCACUGUAGAUAUGUUGGAGUUACUGGAUCCCAUGCACUUACGCCGAGUGGACUUGUGCUUCAAUAGCCUGGAGUUAUCUGGCCUUUGUGAACUCAUGGCUUCUAUUGUGAAGUUCACCAGCUUGUUGAGCCUAAAGCUGCAGUACAGCUACGUGGACCUAUGGCAGCUCUCAUCUGAGGCAGAAGACAGCUUCCGUAUAUUUAUCUCUGAGCUUAAUAAGUUGAACCGCCUCAGAGAGCUCAAUAUGGGUUCCUCUUGCCUUUCUGGUCGGCUGAGUCAGGUGCUCAGCGCCCUACCGAGUCCCCUGGAAAGCCUGGAACUGGCCUUCUGCUAUCUCCUCCCCACAGACUUGAGGUAUUUGGCCCAAAGCCCACAUGCCACCCACCUUAAGAAGUUGGACCUCAGCGGCAACAACCUCUCAGGUGCCCUCCUGGGCCCCUUUCAGGCUGUACUGAAGGCAGUCUCCACCUCUUUGAAGCUCCUGAAUGUGACCGAGUGUGAGCUCAUGGACACCCAUCUUAUUUCCACCUUGCCAAGCCUGUGCCGCUGUGUGCAUCUCCGCUACCUUGGUCUCUAUGGCAAUCCCCUCUCUACCUCUGGACUCAAAACUCUGUUGCUUCGGUCAGAGGUACUGCCUGAGCUCCAGCUGGUGGUGUAUCCAUUUCCUGUGGACUGCUAUGAGAUUCUGCCAUGGCCACCCCCGGCUGCUAUCCUCCUGGAUGAGGAGAAGUUUGCCCACGUUCAGGCUGAAUUACGCCAGAUGUUACUGUCAGCUGACCGAGCUAAUGUGCUGUGGACCACUGAUGUCUAUGGUCCUAAUAUGCCUGAUUACUUUAGCUUAUAACUGGUGGGCUACCUGCCAGGGAUGGAGAGACUUUAUCGUCAUCCAUUCUUCCUGGAUUUGAGAGGAGAUCGCCAGUAGCUCCUGUGUUGACUCCUAAUGGAGCACAUGAGGAGUCUUGAGGCUUUCUCUCCUGCUGCUUGUCAUCUUUAAAUACUAAGAAUUCUAGCUUGUCUAGCAGAGGCAUGUAGCUAACUUUAUAGUUUGGGGAUGGGAGGGAUUGGGGAGGGUAUGUCUGUUGGAGUAAUGUUUAUGAGAACCCACCAAGUUUAUGAGAACCUAGGAGAGCUAGGUUACCUUCUAGUAUAUCAUGUAUCAAAAGUGGGUCAGAGGGCUUAUAGGGUCCUAUCAAUGACACCAGAUAAACCAGGCCAGAUAUUCAGAAAAGGUCGUCCUUACAUCUGUCUGGUUUACUCUCUAUAUCAAUCCCAAGGGGGAUCUCUCUACUUUAUAAGGCUUAUUCUUAUGUCCUCAGGACAUACUGGGCUGAUUUAGCCCAGAUGAGCACUUAAAGUCUUAUUAUAGUGCUCAGUUGAUGGUUGAGUAUACCAAGGAGACUCAUGAGUUUUCCCUGGCCAGUAUGAAAUGCUGGUGUUGGGGUUUGGUUUCAGAGUCCCUAAGGAACUAGCUCUAGCCAUCCAGUGAGCUCAAUAUGUUUACUUAGUUCUGACCCAUAGUGACGUUUUUUGUGGAUAAAUUACUAAUAUAAACAAGUAGCAUGAAUUUGCUUAGCAUUGCCCAUUAAAUUCUGUGGUUGAACAUUUGGGUGUUGGGGGAUAUUUGAAUUGACUAAUCAGACCAUGAGUGUAGACCCAGAGUAUACAUCUCUUUGUCUUCUUUGAUAGUAUUGUCUUUAGAUUGAGUGAGGUCCCCCUAUGUUUGUUGAUGUCUUCUUUUUGAUAUAUAUUUCCUAUUGUAUCUUCCAGGUGAUUGUGUAGGAGCUGGAAAGUUCUCCAAAUGCGCUCCCUAUUUUCUUUUCCCAGGUUAUUGUCUGAGUUCUUGUUCAUUUUAGGGAAGAGUGUCCAAGUAGUGGCCCAUAUUUAAGGUUGGUUCCCCAAGGGGGGAUCUUUGCAUAGUGCAGUAACUAGAUGUGAGUCCCCCUUCUUGGCUGACAUUAUCCUUAAAUGUGUGCCCCAUUUUCAUUUAAGAGGGGUUCUCUUCUACCAAGGUGGAAUAGGGGGCUACUAUAGUGAGAGUCAGGUUCUCUGGUUUUUUUGUAUUCUUCAUAUGACAUCCUUUGAUGCAUUACAUACCACAGCAUUAUACCUUUCCAAAUUACAAAGCUUAAUUCCAAUAAAAUCCAAACAAAAUUCUUCUUGUUUGGACUUGAUUCUGCAGAGCCAGUAGUUUGGCCACUGUUUGGUACAGAUCCAGAAGCCUUUGUUUCAAUGGAAGUGCUCCUUUGGUUGCUAGAGGGAGUGUCCUAUUUCUUGAAGGAACAUUAAUGAUUGACAAGUAAAGCUAGAUAAGACUUGCAUCUCCUGCUGUUCUUCCAAGGGGUGUACUUAUAUUGCUUAUGCCUUCUACAUUUGUGUACAUGUUGUAUACCCCUUGCCAAUUACAGCAGGUUCCCUGGGUGAAAGUAAGUGAUAAUGAUAAUAAUAAAAAUAAGCCAGCUUGGAUUUUAUAUCCAGAAAGCAGUUCAGUGAUUAACAGUAAAAAUAUAUUUACACAUACAUAUAUAUACCUUUUCUUACUCUAGCAUGGUUCACAUUUCAUGUAAGUUCCUUUUUUAAUCUCAAAAGCAUACUUUUUAACUCUAGACAAAUGAAGUCUUGAAUGGUUUUAGAGCCAAAUUCAUCUCCAAGUUAUUCCGCUUCUCAUAUAACUGCACAUUCCACAUAAGUAGCAGAUAUAUCAGUCAGCAGAAUAUUUUCUUGUCCUUUAAACUCUCACCUUGCAUAUAAAACUAUAUUUUCAUACCUUUGGACACAUGUACACAUUUAAAAUUUAUUUAAAUAAUAGAUUAUUUUUCAAGGCAUUCAAACUACUAAUUUGCUUGAAGGGAGGAGUCAAAAAUAUGACUAUAUUUGGUUCCUAUGCACAGUUAUUUUUAAUUCUUCCAAAUGCUUAAAGUUCUCUCAGUACCUGUGAAAUGAAUUCAAACAUUAUCAGGAAGUGAAUGCUUCUUCAGUUAAAAAGUUAAAAAAAACUAAUUUUCCUAACUGUUGCUUUUUCAUACAGCCAGGUAUAAUGGUUGGAUUUCUAGCAUGUCCUUCUUCAUCUGUUUGCUUCUUUUGUGCUGGGGUUAAUUUCUGAACUAAAGGUUAUAAGCACUAACAUUCUUAAGAUUAUAUCUUUACCUUUAUAAUCUAUGGCUAGUAUGGUACAUAUAGUCCUUCUGUUAGUUCAUUUUUAGUAUUUUCAGCUGGUAUUAUUUUUCUGAUUCUAAAUGUCUUAAUCUCUUUGAAGCCUAAUUUCAGGGGAACUGACAUGAAUGAUUCUGUUAGAACUAAGAGCCUCUGUUAUCCAAGUAGUAGACCUAGGGGUAGGGGUUCUUAACAUUUUGUGUCAUGGACCCUCUUAGUACUGAUGAAGCCAGUGGAUCCCUUCGCAGAAUAAUGUUUUUAAAUGCAGAGUGAAAUACAUAGAAUUACAAAGGAAAGCAGUUAUACUGAAAUUCAGUUUUUAAAUUUUUUUAAACAAGUUCAUGGAUUCCCAGGUUAAGAUGUAGGCUAAAGGGGACAUUGGGCAACCAACUUGUACCAUGGUUUAGUUAUGGAGGGUAGGAGUAACAAAAUGUCUGCCAUUGUAACCAAGGAAAUCAUGUGCCUAAAUUCAUUUGUAGUUUUUCUACCCCAAGAGGUUCAUACCUUUUUGAUAGAUUUAAUUGAGUUAGAAGCAUAUGUAUCAUGAUGCAAAAUUAUUAUGGGAGCUUUGAAUUUUCUUAGGGAUCCACAUAGAAGGAAUUUUUUUAUGCUGACAAGAGUUGUCUAUAAUUUUUAAGAGGUCUUGCUUCAGAAGACUGGCCCAAGCUUGUGAAAGGCAAAUCAGUAGGAAAGGUGAGUCCUUCAUAUCUCUCUUGAAAUAUUCUAACCUACAAAUAGGCUAGGAACAGAGUCUCAAACACCUUUUGGACUAAGAGUCAGACAUAAAAUUUAGAGUGAGAACCUUAGAAAUUGUCGAGUCCAGGAGUGGAGAACAUGUGACCUCAAGGGCGGCUCUUUGACUGAAUCCAAAAUUCACAAAACAAAUCCCUUUAAUAAAAGGAUUUGUUCUAUAAAAUUUGAGACUCAGUCAAAAGGCUACACCCGAGGACCUAGAAGGCCACAAAUGGCCUUAAGGCCGUGGGUUCCCUACCUCUGGUCUAGUCCAACCUCCUGAUAUUACAAAUUAGGAAACUAAAACCCAGAGAAGUUGCAGAGCUGGAGUUCAAACCUUGAUUUUCUGAUCCCCAGUUCAUACAUUUCCUGUGAUACUAUGCAGCCUGUUUUUCCUGUUGAGACAUAAUGGUGAUUUUAUCUCUUGGAUAGUUCUUGGUGUAGUUCUGGGGCCUUGCAAUGAGUAUGUGAUCAUUGUGGAGCAUUAUUAAUACAAUUACUGGGGGUUUAGAGUAGGGUUUCGUGGGAAAAGUAAUCAUGCUCACUGGAUAAGAAGAUGCAGUGUCCUGAGUCCUAGUGGCAGUGAAGAAUUUCUUGGUUUUUUUUGCUUUCUUUUAAAUUAAGGGACUCCCAGGGAGUAAAUGGGGAUAAAGAACUGCUAUUUUUACCUCAUAGGGGUAGUGAAAGGGAUUAGACAUUAAUUUUCUAUUUUUCUGAAGAUUUCAGGGAAGAUGGCAAGACAAAAAGUAAUGUGGGAUGUCUAGCCUAGACCAGAUCCACAAUGAGAAAUGAAAAUGUUGGAGACAAACAUAACCAGAAUAUUUAAAAUCAUCUUGAAUAUAAAAAAAGAAAAUGCUAGUGGUUGGUCAGGGCACAGUUUAAAAAGGAAGAAUAUCAAAGCGCCAAGAGCAUGAUGGAGGAAAUGCUGUGAAGACUGGAACAGAACUCACUUGAUAAAUGAUGAAGGACAAGAGAGAUCAGAUAUGUGGGUUUGGUUUUUUUUUUCAGAUAUAUGUUUUUAAAGAAAGGAAAGAAGACAAGAAUUUUUAAAAAGACCUAAAAGGAGAAAGAGGACAAAUUCAAGAAAUUUUACUGGGUAGUUCUGUAUCUUUAGCAAUGAAGACUAGGAUAAUAGGGGAUCAAAUUUGGCAUUGAGAAUAUGAAGGAUAAUUCAGGAUUAAAAGUUGGUAAAAGCCAGGUCUAGUACUUGGAACAAGUAUUUCCAAGAUUAAAGCAAGGUUAAAUGGACUUUGAACUUGUUGUUUUAGGGUUUCUAGAUUCUAACUGGCCCUGGCUUAGGAUCAUCUAUGCUACAAAUGUGGGAGCAGGGUGAUAUAGAAAAUUAACCUUGAGGUGGUUUUCAGAGAAUUGAGAAAAUUUUUCCAUGUCUGAAAACAAAACCAGCUUUAGAAGUUGAAAGAAUUCAUUAGCUCUUAUUUAGGAAGAACCCUCACCAAAGGACACCAUGGCAUAUGGAGGUGAAAUUCUCAAACUCAUAUAAAGGGAGAUUUCUCCAAGCAACAAAAAAAAGUAUAUACAGCAUGUUUCAAAAGUCUUAAGUUUAAAGCUGUAAUAACAUGAAGCUUUAGUGCUUUAGCAAUACCUUUAAAACUUUGGGCACACCGUAUAUAAAAGUUUUCAUUAGGUUACAACCUCUAAUUUUGUAUAGCUAUUAUAUGAGAUGAAAGAAAAAGCCUACAAACCUCAUGAAACCAAAACAUAGGGUAAGAUCUGAGGGUAAAUCGAGUGCCAAAGAACUAAGUAUCCUUUUCUGAAGUAGAAUAACAUUCAGUAAUUAAUAAGUCACAUAGAAAUCAUUGUGAGAAGCCCAUAUUCAUUCACAUGGAUCUCUGAAAUGUGUUGGGGCAACAUCGACACAUUUAACUAUUAAGGCCAGAGAAGCUCUUUAUGUUCAAUUAUUAGAUUAGAGAAUAGAUUAAGGAACCCAAGUUCACAUUAAGAUAAAUAAAAUCAAAUGAGCAAUAUAAUGUUUGACAUUAAGGUUUUAUUUUUAAAAAGGAGAUAUCAAUGAAUUGUUUUGUGAAUUUAAAACAGUAACACAAAAAGGGUAUGGAGAAGGAACAAGUGGACAAACUCCAAAGCACAGCCCUAGUCUCCAAUAGAAGAUAGGUCUAAGGUCAUAUAAAUGUACACUACUAGUUAAGAACAAUAAAUAAUACAGUUUGGUUUAGACAGAUAUAAGGAAUAGUUGUAAAAGAGAUAAACUUGUGAUUAUAAAAGCCCUCCCUCCGAAAAAUUCGUUUCUAGUUUCAACAGAAAUAGAUUUUUGAAAGGAUAGGAGAUAUGUCAAAUGUAAUAGUUACAAUACAUAUAAAAAGACUAAAAUUCUGUAAAAGUUGUGUGGGCUGGUUAAAAAUUAAAUGUCAAUAACAUAUCUUCAUGAAUCACUUAAAAAUGGAACAGAUAAUAGUAAUAACUCUCGUUUCCACCGUGUUUUAAGACUUAAAGGGCUCUGCCUUCUCAACAACCUCAGUUUACAUAUGAAUACAUUGAAGCCCAGAGAGUGUAACUCAGAGCGCCCAGAGUCACAGUAAGUGUUCUGAUGUGUUUAUAUAUUUACAUAUGGAGUUAUUUAUGUAAUGACUACAUAGCUAGCUCUGGCUAGUACUUGAACUCAUGCCUUCUGACUCCAAGACCAGUGUACUUUUCAUGAUACCAUACCACUUUCUAAAAAUCUAUUAUCUAGAUAGUAAUAUAAAAAAAGCAGGACUAUCCAUUAAAGUAACAAAUUUAUUUUUUCUGACUUGAACUCUGUUUUGAGAGAGGUGAGAAUAUUAUAUGUGAAAGGCAUAACAAAUGACAAAAGUAGAAUGAUGGUGAAUAGAUAUGCCUCAGUCAUAUACUACGUGGAAGAAAAAGUAACAGCAGCACAAGAACAGAGAGCUAAUAUUUAUGGGAUCUUUCAUCAUCCGAAACUGACCCACCAAAUAAGUAGAGAAGUCACCUACCUAACAAUGUAAAGAAAACACUAUUGUGUACUCUUGAAUACUGAAUCUGUUAAUUCUGUCUUAAGUUCACCACCCCAUUUUAUAGGUGAAACAGAAAAAAAAAGUAUAAAACUCUUUAAAACAUCAGAUAAUACUAUAUAUAGCUAUAAUGUCAGAGAAGUUAAAUGAAAAAAAGGACAGAUACUUAACAUAAUUAUAACAUACCCAGAUUGACCCAGCAAGACAAAAAAAGGUUGAAGGGAUCAAUUCAUGAGUAAGUACCUGGGAAUUGUGAUAGAACUCUGCCCACUGUCUUGCAAAGAAGGACCUUGUAGUUUUUUAAACCAACAAAGAACAAAUAAUACCAAUCACAUUUUUUUUUCUAAACAUGUCAGUAUCCACUGCUCAAAUUUUUUUUUUUUGAGGCAGUUGUAAUUUUGAUCUUUUAACAGGCUGCAUGAAAUAGUGGAUGACCUGCCCCAGAGUGAAAAAGUCUAGAGUUCAAGUCCUGCUUUUGACGUAAUGUGGUGUUUGACAUUGGGCAGGUUAUUUAACUUCUCAGUGUUUUAGCCAACUCUCUAAGACUGAGUUACAGUGAAAGUGCUAACCUGCUAUUGGGAGAAGUUUCUUCACUAGGGAAUUCCCUAUACUGGUGAAAUCAGAGGUUCAGGUCUUAAUCUCUAUGAUUUUAAUCUCAAAAUAAAACAAAAGCCAACCUCAACAUCAAAUUAUUCACCCUUAUGAAGUAAGAUUUAUCCAAAGUUUAGAAAGAUGUUCUCAAUUGAAAAUGUAAGAAAUGAGACAAAAUCACUUUAUGUUUGUAAUUUUCCUGAUACUGAACCAGCCCUGCAUUCCUGGUAUGAGUCCUAUCUGGUCAUAGUGGAUGAUCUUUGUGAUAAAUUGCUGUGGUCUCUCUGCUAUUAUUUUAUUGAAAAUUUUUGUGUCGGUAUCCAUAUAUUACUCAAUAGAAAAGCCAUUCCCACUAAAAAGUGGAAACAAAUGCUUACUAGACAUCACUGUGCGACAAAGUACUAGAAAAACUAGCAAUUGAAAUAUAUGAAAGAGAGAUUGGAGGGGCAGACAUUGAAAAGGAAAAGACAUCACUGGUAUCAUGAACAUAGAAAAGUAAGGGAUUUUAUUAAUGACCAAUUAGAGCAAAUUAAUAGGUAAUAGGGUAAAAUGUACAAAUAUUGUUCAUAUUAUAUGGCAACAGUAAAAGAAGAGUCAAUGAUCCCAUUUAGAAUACUGACAAAUAUUAAAUAUUUGGAUAGUCACAAUGAUGAACAAAUGAAAAUUUUAUGUAGGAAACUAUAAAGCAAUGACAAAGGAAGAUUUGAAAAAUAGCAGGAAUCUUCCUUGUUUUGGGGGGGGGGGAGUGAUGCAACUAACCCAGUUGAUUUGAAGACAAUGUGAUACUGAUAACAAUACUGCUAAUUUUUAUGCAGAACUGGUUAGUGUACUUUACUUGGAAAACAACAGGGCAAGUAAGUACACCCACCAGAAGUUGUGUUUGAGGCAAGGUGGAGAGGAAUUCACUGGAAGAGCCCUUAUAGGCAUUAAAAAAAAAACCAGUCCAAAAUUAUUAAAGCUUGUACUGUGCAAGCAAGAAAAUGGUAUAGAAUGUACACCAAAGGUUAAUACAAUAUAAACUUACUGAUUUUAAUAGGGAAAGGAAUAAUUCAACAAUUGCUUUUGAGGAAAGUAAUAGAUAUGAAAGAAAAUAACCUUGGAUCCUUAUCUCACAUGAUAUACAGUGAUAAGCUCCAGCUACAUUGAUGAGUUAUAUUUUUAAUAAUCUCAUUUUUUAAGAAGUUGAAAAGUACAUAAGCAUACUUGUCCUAAAUGUAGAAGACAAAUUCUUGGUAAUUCUUGAAAUAAAGUUAUCAGGUUUGACUAUAUAUAAAUAAAACAUGUGUAACAUAGAACUAAGAAGGGCAACAUUAAGAAAAAUUUUAACCUUGGAUAUGUUAUGAAUUUAUAAGUGCAAUAUCAAGUUCCUAAUCAGCAAAUGGCCAAAAGAUACAUACAAAUAAUUCGCAAGAUAGGAAUCCAACAUAGUGAAUAUUUGAAAAAAAAGUAAAGUCACCAACAAUUACAAGUUAAAGAUACCUAUGAUCCUUGUUCAAACAUUUGAAGGACAGUGGGUUAAGAAGAUUGUUCUUUGGUCCCAGAGUUGAAGUUGUGUAGAGGCAUUUGAUGAGGAAAAACUCAAUAGAAUUGUCCUGUAGUAGAAGGGAUUAUCCUGGGAGGUAGUUUCCCAGCACUGGAGGUCUUCAGGCUUGAUGGUCACAAUUGGGCAUGCUCUGUCUAGAUAUGGUUAGACUAGAUACUCUCCAAAGUUCCUUCCGACUAUAAUACUACAUCAUUUCUACCAGUUUUGGGGAAAAUAUUAAAAAUUAUGAAAACCCAAUGGUGGGAUGGUGAGAGAAAAGUGUUGCUGGCAUUACAAAUGGAUUGUUCUUUCUGAUGUGCAAAUUGGCAGUGUCCAGCAAGAAUUACAAACUUGGCCACAGUCUGUGACCCAGUGAUCCUAAUACGGGGAAUGCCCCCCCACCAUUAAAAAAAAAACCAAAACUUUGUUUAAAGUUUUAUUAUUUGUAGCAGUGGGAGAACUGGAAAUAGUCUAAAUGUUCAGCUGUUGAGGAAUGGAUGGAUUGGGGAUAGGGUCAAGGAGAACAUGGUGCACCAACAUGGAGGUGACUCUCCAUGCAAUGUAACAAAUACUAAGAACAUAUGGAAAGAAGAGAAGUGCAAAAUGGAGUAAUUCCAUGUGAAAAAGUCAGAACUGAAGUGCCAUAUUUUUAAAAAAAUGUGUUGGUCAAAUACCACAUCCAUUGAAGGAGUAUAUAGUAUAUGUACAAGUAUGUAUAGAUAUGUUAAUGUAGUGAAUCCUAAGGAUGAGAAGGAGAGAGAAAGUUGAUAAGUUGCCAUUGCUAUGUGCAUGUUUAAAUAUACCUUUUGUUGUAAAAUUGAAUAGACACCAAAUAAAAUUUUUGGAAAAAUC